AAUAAGAUUGUUAUUUUUAUUAAAACCAUUUAUGUGUUUGAAUGUUUAUAUUAAAAACAAAAGUAUUUAUUGUGUUAUAAUUGAAUUGGUUUAUAGAAAAGUGAAAUUGUAAUGAUAAUUGUGAGUAAGAAUUGUGUUAACCAUUAAAAAAUGGGCACUAUAGCUUCUGUUUUGCAAUGGAAAUGUGAGAUUUGUAAUAGUAUCGACCCUAAAAAAUGUAUAAACUGUGGUACAAUGCAGAGAAUUUUGUCGACAAGUACAAAUACCGCAGAAAGCAAUAAGCGUGAGCAAAAAAGUGAAAUUUUGAUUUCGAACGAAGCGAAAGAUCUGUAUAAUGCUGAAGGGUCAGAAACUCAUAUUGCCUCAAGAUCUCUUUCCGCCUCUGACCCAUCUUACAAUGUCUCAUCGGAAGAGGAUGAAAUUAUAACCAAAAAUGAGCAUAAACGGGUUUAUAAGUCUAUGCUCAGAGGCUGUCUACGAAGGCCCCAACGCAACAAUAAAAAUUUGCCAUCAAAUUGUAUAGACUGCGAAGAUACGCGGAAGUACGUUAAAACCUCCAUCGAGUUAUUUCAUCACUUUUCUAAUCCAUCGUUGAACCGGCGAUGGGUUUGUAAUAACUGUGAAACUGAAAAUAGUUCCGUUACAUGGCAUUGCAUUAUUUGUGACACAGUCAGCUAUUUGGCGCCUAUAUAUAAAGAUACAAUUUUAAAUCGUGGGCACAGCUAUUACAAACAAGGCAGCGCAAAACAAUCAAUACCGACAAAUAGUAAAAAGAAAAAGGGGUUCACACGCCCUAUUUGCUUACGUAGAACCCAGAGUCUCACCACAGACAAGUCAAUCUCUUGUCGAAGUUGUCAUAUUUGCUUCGUAAAUAAUUGUAAAGACAUUUUUAACCUUCCGGACACAUUUAUGCUAAAAUGCGACAAAAAGACAAGUGAUAUACCCGGAGGAAACAGCACUGAAGCUACAUCCACCAAUAAUUACUGUCGUGAGCCAAUGGGCAAUUUUACAAUAACAACACUUGCUAAAGGCAAUAAAGUAGAGCAAGAUAAAAGCAUUUUUAUUUUGCCAAGCUCCAGCGUUUUAAUAGCAGUCAAUGAUUGGGCCCCACAAACAACAAAUUCUUUGCCAAAGGAUCAAAAACGAAAUUCAAUAAACAAUGCAGAAAGAACUAUCGACUUUAUCGAAGCUAAUCGAAUUUUCAAAACGGAAUAUCUUCAAAGUAGCUAUGCAAAUUUAAAAGAUGAGAAAUUUAAAGAACCACAACCAAUUUAUAAAAACAACACAAAUCGUUCAAUAAAUAUUAACGAUGGAAAUGUGAAAGUGAAUGAAUGUAAUCAACCUAUAUAUGCUAUUGUUAAUAAAAGUAAAAAAAUUAAGAAACAAAAUAUUUCAUCAGAAAACGCCGUGGAACAGGAUUUUUUACCCAAUGCAACCAACCUUAAAACAGAAAAACUUACUAUUUUACCGAAAAUCUACAGCAAAACAAAAUGUAAAGAAGUACUUGACACUUACACUGAUAUAGCGGUAAAAAUGAUUGCAAAUGAAAAUGUUUCGCAUAGCGAUUAUGCAGACAUCGAUACAGUCAACAUAAGCGCUAACUCUAUAACUUCAGAUCAGAAAGUGGAUGUUAAUGCUGAACACUCAAUAUAUGCAAAGGUGUGGAAAGGCCCUCGGAAAACCAGUGAAUCAAAAAUAUUGAAUGCAUCCUCGAAUCGAUGUGGACUCCAUGAUGACAAUAAUAUGCUUAAUAACACAAGAAGAACGUGGACAUGCUCAAAAUGCUCGUAUGCAUACAAUCGUAUUUGGACAGAUAGCUGUGAGAUUUGUGAAUCGGUUCGUAGUCAACCAACGAUAGAACAACCAAGUUUAAUAACGGUAACGAAGUCUGAAAACUCAAUAACACAGCCGGAUCGACUUGACGGCCAGUGGACAUGUAAGAAGUGUACAUUAGUUAACGAUCCAUCAUCAAUUGCCUGCGCAGUGUGUGGAGGUUCGAAAUUACGAAGUAUUUGUUCAAUAGAGGAUAUGACCUUACGCAAAGGGGAAUUUUGGACUUGCAGCAAGUGUACUCUUAAAAACAAUCUUUCUACCGGAGUCUGUAUCGCAUGUAAAUCGGUACGAUCUUUACCUAUUGAACCCAAGAGACUACAGUUAAAUGAAGUCGCUACCGAAGAAACAAUUGCUUCAAACUCGAUGAAUUGCAAUUUGCCUUUCGGACAACCCCUUUUGAUGAAGACAGUAAAUUUAAAGCCACAUCAGACAAAGGUUUCGAGAAGCCCAUCCCCUCGACAAAUACGGAGUUCAUCAGGUGCCAUUCCUAAAAGACACAGCACCGGUGGCAGUAUAUUAACUCGAAACGCGAGUUCAAAUAUAACAUCCGUUUCACCAACAUCAACAUCAAAUGAAAGCAACAGUCAACAUGGGAUCAGUACAAGUACUAGCCAUAAUGCUGUGGCAUCCAAAAUGUGGCAGUGCCCAGCGUGCACUUAUGAAAACUGCUCAGCUUCUGUAGUUUGCGACAUGUGUUCUAGUCCUCGAGGCUUAGUCUGCAACUUAAGCGAAGUGACACUACCAAUGUGUGGCAAAUUUAGUUUGGACAUUCGACAAGAAAGCAAACUUAUGGAAAAUCUGCGACAAAAUGAGGAAAAGGAGGCCCUUAAUAAAUGGAAAAAUAUUAUUCAGUACUGUAGUGAUAAUAACGAACUUUUUGUCGACGAUUCAUUUCCUCCGGCGCCAAAGAGUUUGUAUUACAAUCCAACGAAUAGUAUUCCUGAUGGCAAUCCAGUUGUGCAAUGGAGACGUCCACAUGAAAUAAGUUGUGAAGGCGGAGUAUUUCCUCCUUGGGCAGUGUUUAGAACUCCACUUCCAUCGGACAUAUGUCAAGGUGUGUUAGGAAAUUGCUGGUUACUCAGUGCGCUUGCUGUUUUGGCAGAACGCGAAGACCUCGUUCGAGAAGUGCUGGUGACAAAGGAAAUAUGUUUACAAGGUGCCUAUCAGGUACGCCUUUGUAAAGAUGGCAAAUGGAUAACAGUAUUGGUUGAUGACUUGUUGCCUUGCGACAAACGCGGACACCUUGUUUAUUCACAAGCCAAACGAAAACAGCUAUGGGUUCCUUUGAUUGAGAAAGCGGUAGCAAAAAUUCAUGGUUGUUAUGAAGCCCUCGUUUCUGGACGUGCAAUUGAAGGUUUGGCCACCUUGACGGGAGCACCUUGUGAAAGCAUUCCGUUGCAAGCAAGUUCGCUUCCAAUGCCAAGUGAAGACGAAUUAGAUAAAGAUUUAAUUUGGGCGCAGUUGUUAAGUUCUCGCUGUGUACGAUUUUUAAUGGGUGCUAGUUGUGGCGGAGGCAAUAUGAAGGUAGAUGAGGACGAAUACCAACGAAAAGGUCUACGGCCUCGACAUGCGUACUCCGUGCUAGAUGUUAGAGAUAUUCAAGGGCACCGUUUAUUAAAGCUCCGUAAUCCGUGGGGGCAUUACUCCUGGCGUGGAGAUUGGUCCGACGACUCUGAACUUUGGACCGAAGAUUUAAGAGAAAUUUUAAUGCCACACGGGGCAUCGGAAGGUGUUUUCUGGAUAUCGUUUGAAGAUGUAUUAAACUACUUCGAUUGCAUUGAUAUUUGCAAAGUGCGCUCUGGGUGGAAUGAGGUCCGUUUGCAGGAUACUUUACAACCACUGUGUUCCAUUUCAUGUGUUCUGCUCACAGUGUUGGAGCCAACUGAAGCCGAAUUUACACUAUUCCAAGAGGGGCAACGGAACUCUGAAAAAUCUCAGCGUUCACAACUAGAUUUGUGUGUUGUGAUAUUCCGAACUCGUUCGCCAGUUUCACCAGAGAUUGGACGGCUAGUGGAGCAUAGCAAACGGCAGGUGCGCGGAUUUGUGGGUUGUCAUAAAAUGCUAGAACGUGAUAUAUACUUACUAGUUUGUCUUGCAUUUAAUCAUUGGCAUACUGGAAUCGAAGAACCUCAUCAAUAUCCCCAGUGUAUUUUAGCCAUACAUAGUUCUAAACGUCUUCUUGUUGAACAAAUCACGCCUUCGCCACAUUUGCUAGCUGAUGCAAUAAUAAGUCUAACUUUAACAAAAGGCCAGCGUCAUGAAGGGAGAGAAGGAAUGACUGCUUACUAUUUAACAAAGGGAUGGGCAGGACUUGUCGUAAUGGUUGAAAAUCGUCACGAAAAUAAGUGGAUUCAUGUUAAAUGUGACUGCCAAGAAAGCUACAACGUUGUAUCUACAAGAGGUGAAUUAAAAACGGUUGACUCAGUACCGCCUUUGCAAAGGCAAGUUAUUAUCGUUCUAACCCAACUAGAAGGUAGCGGUGGUUUUAGUAUUGCCCAUCGCCUCACCCAUCGUCUUGCAAAUUCCAGAGGACUUCAUGACUGGGGACCCCCAGGCGCAACGCACUGCCCGCCAAUAGAAAAUGUUCAUGGAUUGCAUGCACCUCGUUUAAUUACUUAACUUUUCAGCAUUCUAGUCUACAUUUCACUAUAAUGAAACAUACAUAUUUAUAAAUUCAAGUACGAAUAUACAUAUGUACGUAGGAUUAAUAAAUAAUGUAAAUGUUUUGUUUUCCUAGUAAAGUAAGGUAAAAGUAAAUAAAUACCGAAUUGAAAAUAA